GUUAUUUACUUUUCCAGGAAAGUAAUAUUCACGGGAAACCUCUCUCUCGUCCAUUUCUCUCACCCACCAUCUCAUCCAUCUCUCUCUCUCGACCAUUUCUCUCACCCACCUAUCUCAUCCAUCUCUCUCUCUCUCGUCCAGAUCCACCCUCUCUCUCGUCCAGCCCCAGCACCGCUUCCGUCGAGGACGCCGCCGCCGCCUUCCGAUCAACCACGCCGUUGCUGGACUUUCCUCUGCCGCCACCACCAGAAUAUGGAUCUUCCAUUGGAACAAAAAAAAAAAAAGAAUUGUGGCUAUGUUGGUUCAAUAUAUGGAGAUGUUAAAUGAAAUGACAUUUUUGUUUAUGCUUAUGAUAUUUGUAAUUAUUAGUAAGAGACGUUUGCGUAGUGGCUUUGUAAAGCACAACCACACAUUGAUUCUCAUGUGAAAAUAUUGAAGAAACAAUAUCAUGCCAUUUCUGAAAUGUUGGGCCCUGCCGGUAGUGGCUUUGGUUGGAAUGAUAAGGAUAAAUGCGUUGUGGUUGAGAAAGAUGUGUUCGAUGAGUGGGUUAAGAGUCACCCAUCUGCGAAAGGCUUAAGAAACAAGCCGUUUCCUUAUUAUGAUGAGUUAGGACUAGUGUUUGGAAAGGAUCGCGCUAAUGGACAAGGUGCAAUGGGAUUGACUGAUAUGGUUGAUGACAUUGAUAAAGAAACAGAAAAUGAUCUUGAUUAUGAUCCCUUGCUUAUGUCUGAUGAGAACAUGGAUACUGCAAGUAUUGGUGGUCCUAGCAUACAAACAACUUCAACACCAUUAGCAUCAGGAAGGAAAAAGAGAAAGAGAUCACAAUGUGGAGAUGUAUUGGUUGAUGCUUUAACUGAGACAGUACAUAAGUUUUCUGAUAUGUAUGCUAUGGCUGGUGAGAAUAUUGGCAGGCUUGCUAAUUGUUUUCAAUACGAGGCUGAUGGUGCUGCAAGGAGGAUACAGGUGUUUGAUGAAGUAAAGAAGGUAGAAGGACUAACAAAUGCACAACGAGUACGAGUCGGAAAACUUCUUGUCCAAAACCAUGACUACAACUAUUUCUUCACGUUGGAUGAUGAAUUUAAGUUAGAUUUUCUUCUAUCUCUUUUGGAAUGAGUUAGGUUGAAGCCUUUAGUGCUAUAUUUACAAACUUGAGUACAUUGUCUAAUAUUUAGAUCUUUUGAUGGCAUCUUUGGAACUUUUAUACGUGGUCCUAGAUUUGCAACUUUUAAUUUCAGGUUUUGAACCUUAUUCGAGCAUAUGUUCUC